CUAGCUGCUUGUGGUUUGUCUUUUUAUCCUUCCAUCAGCACCUGACCAGCCUUUGAAGGAAUGCUCUUCCAAAUUUGAAAAUGUUCUGAUAGCCAAAUUUUUCCCCUUGUGUCAUGGGGUAACUCCAAGAAGCCGGCCAAGUGCAGGUAGGCAGGGGGAUGAAUAAGUGGACUACUAAGUCUAGUGUAAACAGAUGUGUUAGCAGAGUGUGAGCGCUGGUAUUUUAAGUGCCAUACCUCCUGGAAUACGCAAAACCCUGCAAGUGCAGGAUGUGGGCAGAUGAAUAUAUUUAACGGGGUUUAUAAUGGAGAGUAGGCUCAGCACUGCUUAGUCUUACCUGCUGUGCAACUCAGAGCGGAGUAUAUACUAGCAUUUGGUAGGUAUAUACUAGAGCUGGUUGCAGCUACUCCAGGAUUCCACAACCUAUUGGAGUACUACUGAGCUAAUAGCGUGUGACGGCAUACAAACCUUUUCUCUUGGAGACGCUAGCAAGCAUUUUCAAUUAGGUUCUUCAGUAUUGGCAAAGUGGAACGGAGUCUUUCGACCGGCAGUGAUCACAAUAGUAGACAGGUCUUCAAUUGGAGUGAAACUUUACGACUCAAGUCAGACAAUAUCCUACCAGUUGGGAAGCGAACACCGGAAUAAAAAUUCACCAGAAGGCAAGGCCGAUUCGCAGGGUGGUAUUUGCAUCAUCAAAAACGAAGGACCCGACCCAGCAUCACUCCAGAUUGGCACAGAGGUCUGUGUGAGAGUGCCCGCCAAAUCAACCCGAUUCUACCUCGGCCAGGUGAAGAGCAUUCGUGAGGAUUCAAAAACGUACCAGAUAACUUUCGCAGCCGAUUCGGCCAAGCAGAGCAGCAGCAACAAGAAAGUCAAGAAGGAAGUCAAGGAGGAAGAGGAAGACGAUAGCGAGUCUGUUCUGUGUCAUUUGAAGGACAUUCGCUUGCUUGAAGGUCUCUUUGCCACCAGUUUCGCCACAAUAAAUAUGUCUGGAAGCACUGUGUUUGACCAGAGUGUACCGUCUUUCCCCAUCACCAAUCCUGUAGGCUCAAUGGAGCAGCAGUCGGUGUACAUUGAUUUGUACAGCAGAAACAUCCGAUCAGCAGCCCCCACCUAUGGCCCAAUGCAGUCCCUCGGCUCUCUGCCGGCCUGUACAACUAUGGAUGCUAUUCACCAAGUGAGCCUUCCCUACGCUGGGUUCGGCCAGUACAACUCGCCCAGCAUCCCCGUGCAACAUUCCCACCCCACACCCCCUCCUCUUACCCCCAUCUCCUCCCAAGGCUCACCUGGGAUCCCAAACAUCUCCCCGGCCCACUCUCAGUCUUCGCCUGUGCAUCUCACCAUGGGACAAGCCACGGGUUUUGACUACUACACUCCACUACCCCGGGGACCCAGGAUAAAGCUAAAGGAUUACAAGAAUGCCAAAAAGGGCGAAAUCAUCAUAACCCCUGAGGGUAUCAAGAAAAAGUUCAACGGGAAACAGUGGAGGAGGCUGUGUGGUGUUGACGACUGUUGGAAGGAGUCGCAGAAGUGCGGCCUCUGCUCAAAGCACCUCAAUUCACCCACACCGCCACAGAUCCCCAUCCAACGACGCAUUGGGGGGAAACGCACCUCCAGUCUGUCAACAGGCCUGGAUCAUUCAGAUUCAAACGGUGCAGACAAGGGAAGCUCAAAGAACUGCAGUGGCCAGGACUCACCUACCAAACGACGUCGUGUCCAAUCCCAGGGUAGCGCCAACAGCAACAUGACUUCCACCUCAUCUGACGGCACCCCUCCAAAGGAAACUGAGGCGUGCAAAACCAUGCCAGCCAAUGGGAGGGACCCCACAGCAGCAGCAACAGCAGUCAAGGACAGGAAACAGUCUGGCAGUGCUUGGGAAGAGUUCAGUGAUGCCGAGCAGGCAGCUGUGUAUGGACUAGCAACACUGGGCAACACCCGUACCAGCACCACCUCUUUCUCCCCACUCCAGUCACCCGCCAUCGCUUCUCCCUCACCAAGUGACGUGUUUCUGAGCCCGCCCCGUAUGAUGGACUACUCUCACGCCUCAGCAAUGAGCUACCAGCGACCCCACAACCCUCGCAAAUCCCCCAUCCCGACUCCACCCUACUCUCCCUACCCCAACUUCUCCACUCGCAUGGGGUUCCCCAGCAACCAUUUCUACUCGCCAUUCCAGAUGCCCGUGCCCAACUUUGUCAACAGCAACUCGAGCAACAACAACGGCCCUCUCUGCCCCAACAGCAAGGGAAACACAAAUAGCCCCGGACAUGCUGACCAGAGCUCGGUGAAGCCCUCCCAGCCCUCUCCCACCCUAAUCCCUGCUACUUCCAGCCCCUCGUCCAACGCUGGAAAUAACUCCCCCGAUAGCGGCAUUGCAAUUGGAUCGCAGUCUUUCUGCAGUGGUGACUCUGUCUCCCCGCCUGCUCCGGGUCCCGCUGACUCCACCACCAUCUUCCCUCCUUCCAGUGUUGCCCCCGGCCUCAAUAAGGGUGCCACAAGAGGCAACACUCUUCCCCAGCUCAGCUCUCGGAUCAACCCUGUCCUCAUUGCUGGCCAGCCCUCCUCCCUCACUCCCACACACAACACAACCAACAUGAUGGCUCCGUACAAUCCGGCAGAAAUGUCCAAUCCCUACUAUCCCACACGCCGCUCCCAGCAGCAGCAGUCCUCAUCCCAUUUCCAACUAAACCAUGCACCGAGCAACUACCAUUCAGGCCCACCUUCGUACUCGGCCUACCCACCAGCCUACGGUACCAGUGGUAUAUCUGGUCAGUCGUACCCACCUUCCUAUGGCUCCCUCCCAUCAUACUAUGGCCACAGUGGCAGUACCUCUUCCAUGGGGUACCCCAACUCUGCCAGCAGUCUUGCAACAGACUCCGGCUAUCUCGCCUAUCCAGACCCUCACCAGCCAGCACCUGCGGUCAGUGCUGCUACUGGUGGCAUUCUUCCUCCUCCCACCUCCCGCCCGGCCUACGGCACCGAGACAUCACAGAUGGAAGGUGGAAUCUUCAAUGGAGGCUACUCCACCACCGCUCUCUCCUCUCCUUGCAGCUCCACGCACAGUGAGACUGUCGCAGCAACCCAAAUCGAGAACACCUUCAACGAGUUUGUGGCGUCUAAUGCUGUUACAGCUUCGCCAAUAGCAUCCAUGUCUCCCACUGCCAACCAGCAGCAAUCUCCGAAACAGCACAACAUGGACAUAGACUGUCUAUCGACGGAGAGAGGUAGUGGUUAUCAAGAGAACACAGAGGAUGAAAGCAGGGAUGAGCAGAACAUGGCCGAAAGCUUCCAGAACCAGGACAUGGACGAAAACAGGUCGAGUUAGCUUCGUUUUUUUGGCCAGCAUUUUAUGGCACAAAACCUCCGACAAGCACUGGCCCCUCAGGCAUACUGGUACUCUCUUUUCUUAGGUAUUAUACUUACAACUUUUUUCUCUUCACCCUUUGUAUAUUUUUUAUAGUAGUACGUGUUUUUUUGCAGUCAGUCCUUUUGUCUCGCUAUAUUUUCGCAAUAAUAAGUUAACUGUCACUUAUUGUAUCUUAUUUGUAUGGCACAUGUUUUCCCCUCUUCUACAAUCACUAAUCACUGGUUUUUUUCUAGUCAUAUACAAUUGCGACACAUGUACAUGAAUCAAUCUCUUCACACUCACUGGUAUUGCUUGUCCAUGAUGCACUUACCAAGUUUUUUUCACUUAUGGACCCCCAGUCACAGAGUUAUACUGUACAGCCUGUUACGUGAAAUGUAAAAUGUAAACUUUUUUUAUUGGUUUUUUAUUUGUGCUUUUUGUGUGUGGUGCUGUGUUUAGAAUUAUGUGUGGACCUAUGAUACUGGUAAUAAAGACUAUUAUUGAAGUUGUCUUGUGGUGUUGUACAGAGUGUGAACUAAAGAAUUUUGCUGCUUGUGAAUCUGCGUUUCUCUCUGCGCAUGCGCACUCCAUUGUUCCGUUCGUUGCCGCUGGCCGCGGUAGUUUCACCACAUGAUGAUGUGAGAAAAGGGCGGGGAAACCUGGUUCUGUUGCAGUCACAUGGCGGGCUACUUUACCAUAGAGAAAUCCUU